AUGUGGAGUCAACUAUCAUUAGCAUUAUUAAUGAGUUGCGCCCUUUUGGGUCAAUUAAGUUGUUUGGACACCGAGUUGUCAUCGAGUGAUAGUCUUCUUCGAGCUGAUGCCGUCACUGAUUGCUCUCAACAAUUGCUUACAUGUCUGACACCAAACCUGAAGAAUCCAUUUACAACUAUUACAGAUCUUAAGAAAAAUUGUAAUGAAUUGAUAAAUUGUAAAUUAGAUAAAUGCAAUCAAUUAUUACAAACGGGACAAAAUGUCAAUUCAUUGGGUAAGUGUUUGGGUAUGAGUUGUAAUGCCUUAGAUCCCGUAAAACUAUUGCCACAAUUACUACAAAAUGGCCAAUUCAUACCUAAUCUCAUCCAAUUAUUGGUUAUCAGAUGUCUACCGAUUGGUGGUUUAACUACAGAAGCUUUAUAUCAACCCCGUGUUAACUAUACAAGAGGUGACUGUGAUAUUGAAGGCAAAGAAGUUUAUGGCAAAUCAUACGCUUUUGGUGUCGUAAAACCAGGCGAUGAACAGGCAUUACAAGAAGCCGUCGCCACAAUUGGUCCAAUUUCUGUGUGCAUACAAUGUCCUAAAGGUUUCUGGUUUUAUAAGGGAGGCAUAACUGAUGAUCCAAACUGUAAAUCGGAUUUGAUUACAGUAGACCACUGUGUGUUGGUUGUUGGUUACGGGACAGACACAAAAACCAAACAAAACUAUUGGUUGGUUAAGAGCUCAUCGGGUGAGAACUGGGGUGAAGACGGUUACGUACGUAUGGCUCGCAAUAAGCAUAACCAGUGCGCUAUCGCUACUCAGGCCGUAUAUCCUGUGGUAACUCCCGUCUAA